AUGUCAGAUAAUCAAUUAAUCAAAGGAGUAUUGGAUCUUGAUCCUUGGUUAGAACCAUACUCAGGAGAAUUGGUUCAUCGUCAAAAACAUUUCACUCAUUGGUAUAAUCAAUUGAAAUCAAGUGAAGGGAGCUUGAGCAAUUUCGCUAGUUCUUAUAAAGAAUAUGGUUUACAUGCCAAUUGGGAUACUAAACAAAUCACUAUUAUUGAAUAUAUCCCAGAUGUUCAAGCUGUGUCCAUUGUAGGUGAUUUCAAUCAUUGGGAUUUCAAUAGUCAUCCUUUGAAUAAGGUCAAUGACUAUUCCUUGUGGAAAUUAACUAUUGAUACCAUCGAUGGAGAUUUCGCCAUUGCUCAUGAUUCAAGAUAUAAGAUAGCUAUGAAAUUAUCAUCAGGGGAAAUCAUUUACCGUCUUUGUCCUUGGUCUCAAAGAUGUACUCCUUCAACUGAGAAUUCUCUUUAUGAAUCAAGAUUUUGGAAUCCUCCAUUAUCUGAACAAUAUCAAUUUAAACACCCAAGACCUGCGUUUAAGGACAAUUUAGGGGUCAAGAUUUAUGAAUGUCAUGUUGGGAUUUCAACUCCUAAUCCUGAAGUUGGUAGUUAUAAGAACUUUACCCAUAAUAUUUUACCUAUAAUUCAUCAAUUAGGGUAUGAUACUAUUCAAUUGAUGGCUAUAAUGGAACAUGCUUAUUAUGCAUCUUUUGGAUAUCAAGUGACCAACUUCUUUGCUGCUUCUUCAAGAUACGGAACUCCUGAUGAAUUGAAAGAAUUGAUCGAUACUGCUCAUAAAUUGGGCAUUAGAGUAUUACUUGACGUUGUUCAUAGUCAUUCAUCUAAGAAUGUUGAUGAUGGAUUGAACAUGUUUAAUGGUACUGAUCAUUAUUUGUUCCAUGGAGGUCCUAAGGGAAGUCAUGAUCAAUGGGAUUCAAGAUUGUUCAAUUAUGCUAAUUAUGAAACUUUAAGAUUCUUAUUAUCAAAUCUUAAAUAUUACUUGGAUGUGUAUAAAUUUGAUGGAUUCAGAUUUGAUGGUGUUACCAGUAUGUUAUAUAAGCAUCAUGGUUUAGGGUUUGGAUUUAGUGGUGAUUAUAAUGAAUACUUUAAUCAUGAUUGGGUUGAUAAUGAUGCUAUCAACUAUUUCAUGUUAGCUCAUAAAUUAAUGGAAGAAAUUGGGGUGGAAGAGAAAUUCAUUUUCACCUCAAUUGCUGAAGAUGUUAGUGGAAUGCCAACAUUAUGUGUACCAAUAAAUCAAGGAGGUAUUGGAUUUGAUUACAGAUUAUCAAUGGCUAUUCCAGAUAUGUGGAUUAAGAUUUUAAAGCAUUUACAAGAUGAACAAUGGGAUCUUGGUAAUAUAAUUCAUACUUUAACUAAUCGUAGACAUGGAGAAAAAUGUAUUGCUUAUUGUGAAAGUCAUGAUCAAGCAUUAGUUGGGGAUAAGACCAUAGCUUUCUGGUUAAUGGAUAAAGAAAUGUAUACCAACAUGUCAGUGUUAACAGAGAAUACUCCUGUUAUCGAUAGAGGAAUUUCUUUACAUAAAUUAAUCAGAUUAUUAACCUUUUCCUUAGGGGGUGAAGGUUAUUUGAAUUUUGAAGGUAAUGAAUUUGGUCAUCCUGAAUGGUUAGAUUUCCCCAGAGUUGGUAAUGGAGAAUCUUAUCAUUAUGCUAGAAGACAAUUUAAUCUUAUUAAAGAUGAUUUAUUACGUUAUAAGUUUUUAUUCAACUUUGAUUGUGCUAUGCAACGAUUAGAUACAAACUAUAAAGUCCUUUCAUCACCUCAAGCUUAUGUUUCAUUGAAACAUGAAGGUGAUAAAGUUGUAGUAUUUGAAAGAAAUGGGUUACUUUUCAUUAUUAAUUUCAAUCCUACUCAAUCAUUCCCUGAUUAUAAAGUUGGAGUUGAAACCCCUGGUGUUUACAAGAUAGUUUUAAAUUCUGAUGAUGAACAAUUUGGUGGUCAUAGUAGAAUUGGUGAAACUGAUGGUGAAGGUAAACCGUUAAGAUUUUUUACUAACAAUGAUAGUUGGAAUAAUAGAGCUAAUUCUUUAUUUAUCUAUAUUCCUUCUAGAACUGCUUUAGUUCUUCAAUUAGAAGAUAAGGUUUAA